AUGAGAAAAGUGGUGGUGUUUUUUGGUGUUUUAGUCCUAGCAGUGCUAGUGCAAGGGCAUGCACUUAAGGGCGAAGAAGAAGAACUGCAAUUGGAUCAAGCGGUAGCUGCUUCCCAUCAUGGCCAUCAUCACGAGUCAGGUGGUGGUCAUGAAGGUCAUGAGCAUCAUCAUGAAAGUCACGGCGGUAAAGGAGAUAAAGGAUAUCAUAGCCAUCAUCACCACGAUAAAGGAGGCCAUGGUAAGCACGGCAAGCACCACUCAGCCGGACAUCAUGCUGAAAAAGGUGGUCACCAUAAGUCGCAUCACGAAUCCGGAGGUCACCAUUCCUCUCACCAUGCUCACGGCGGUCAUCACAAAGGCGGUAAAUUCGGCGAGAAGAAAGGCCACAAAAAGGGACAGAAAACCAAGGGAUACCACGUCAAAGCUCACAAGGACGAAUACCACAAGAAACACAAGUUCUACGAUGACGCCCAUAAAGGAGGUCACCACGAAAAACACGGUAGCCACCAUGGUCAUCACGGAUCCAAAGCCGGUCAUCACAAGAAGGGAGGUUCCCACAAAUCUGGUUACCAUGACGAUCAUUUCGGUAAGAAAGGAUUCGGCCACAAAGGACAUUACGAUGAAGAUCACAAGGGAUACAAGGGUCAUGGAGGUCACGAAAAUCAUCACUCCCAUCACUCAGACUAUGGAAAGAAAGGUGGACACGAGGGACAUUCUUCACACGAUACUAAAACAAAUAUUAUUCGCAUAACCACAAUUGAGAAUAAAGAAAAUGAAAUUUUUGCAAUGCCUCAUGAUAUGCAAAAUAUUUCCUAUCAUGAAAAAAUCCAGACGACAGCAGCUUUUCAGAAAGUAAAAAGGGCUCUAACAAAACGGGGUACUACAAGAAAAGUUUGGAUUGCAGAUGAAAAUAUUUUAAAAGUUUAUAUGGAUAAAGAUGGAAAUAUACAAUUCAAUGAUUUUCGUUUAGAACAACAAGAUAUUCUAACAUCCACAACUGAUUUAAAUCAGCAAUUAGAAAUUGAACAACUGAUUAAUAAAUAUAAAUCAGAAUUUGCUAAAGACAAAUAUGAUGUAGGUACCAUAAGAGAGUCUAAAGCUCAUAUUGACUUAAUUGUAGAUAAAUACUGCUCCAAACGUCCAUAUAGAUGUACCAUUGAAGAUAGAAAGGAGAUAGAAAGUCAGAUACAAAGGGUAUCGAAAAGUUAUUAG